CACAUAAUAGUUGAGUUGUGUUGUGUUUUGUUUCCCAAGGAGUCUUGUUUCCAAUUCUUGCUUUUUUGCUUCAGAAAAUAAAUAAAUUAAAAAAAAGAAAGCUUUUUGGGGCCUCUUCAGUUGUCACUAAUUGCACUGUUUUGAGACGAAAUGAUAGGUGUCCCUUGCUGCUGUUUCACUAUAAUUUUUGACUGAGGAAUUGGUUUCUGGGGUGACAUGUGGUGACAAAAGGUUGGAUUUUUAACACUUGGAGGUGGAGGGGCAGAGGAAAGCAGCCCAUACCCAUUUUAAAUCAAGACUUGUAAUGGGAUUUUGAUAUUAAGAGUUUCAAGUUUCAGGGGUUUUAAAUCCAACUAAAGAAGAAAAAUUGGUGUUUCUUGGAGGACACCAUUUGUGACCGACUCUAUGCAGAUUUUGUUGUAACUUGUAAUUGCCAAGUUUGAUGGAUGAAAUAUCUCCAUUAGUUGCUCUGCCAUGUAAACUGGGAAAUUUGAUUAGCGACGAGUCGGUUUUCGCGAGUUGUGUUGAUAUUGCGGGGAUUGAGCUGAUAACAAACAGAAGGAGUUUGUUUUCUGAGCCAUCUAUGACCAAGCUGCCUUUGGUGCCUAUUACCCUUGAUAAUAGAAAUUCCAGUUCUAGUGUUCAACAGAAUGGAGUUGGGCUCAAAAUAGAGUCAAAUUGUGAUAAGUCUAGGGAUGGUGAAGACAAUAUUUUGGUGAGGAAAAGGCAAAGUGAAAGUUGUUUGAUCUUUAGUAAUGGUAUUAACCCUGAACUCAAGGGAAAUGAUCCAUCCGCCCUUGUUCGUGGCCCAUUAGCCGGCAUUACAGAUUCUCCAUAUGCAACCAAUGGUACUAACAGCUUGUGCAUUGGGGAGUGUAUAGUUUUGGAGCCAAAACCACAUAAUCAAUUAGAUAAGAGUAACUGUAUUUCUCAUAGCAUGAAGAAGUCGGAGUCGUGGGUAUCUUCUAUCACAUCUGAGAUAGUUGACGAUCUUGUUACUGUUGAGGAGACUGGUGAGGCAGUUAGCAUGAGAGAACCUAAAAGAACAUUUUCAACUUCCCUUCUUGAGGUUUCUGAAGAAAUGAAGUCAAAUAAGCAGAUUUUGCAUUCAAAUUACCAGCCUCUCUGGGGCGUGACAUCUAUUUGUGGAAGGAGGCAAGAAAUGGAAGACGCAGUUGUUGCUUUACCACGGUUCAUGAAGAUUCCUUCUCAGAUGUUGAGUGACAGUUCGCUUUUUAGUUCCAUACAUCAAGAUUUAACGGCCCAUUUAUUCGGAGUUUAUGAUGGACAUGGUGGUUCCCAGGUUGCUAACUAUUGCCGAGAGCGUCUGCAUCUAGCUUUAUCCGAGGAAAUUGGUAUUGCUAAAGAAAAUUUGCGUACUGAAAUAGGCGAACAUAACUUGAAGGACCGGUGGUUGAGGGUCUUCCUCAAAUGCUUCCAUAGAUUGGACAAUGAAGUUGGAGGCUUCCCAAGAUUUGACGACAAUAUUGCUUCUAGUCCUCCCCUUUCACCUAUUGCCCCUGAGUCCGUGGGGUCCACUGCUGUGGUCGCCGUUGUUUGUUCUACCCAUAUCAUUGUUGCAAACUGUGGUGAUUCAAGAGCAGUUCUGUACCGGGGGAAAGUACCCAUGCCUUUAUCUGUAGAUCAUAAACCAAAUAGAGAAGAUGAAUGUGCAAGGAUAGAAGCUGCAGGAGGCAAGGUCAUUAAUUGGGAUGGAUAUCGCGUUUCAGGUGUCCUUGCAGUGUCAAGAUCCAUCGGUGAUAGAUACUUGAGGCCCUAUGUAGUUGCAGAUCCAGAAAUAAUGUUCGUUCCUCGAACAAAAGAAGACGAGUGCCUUAUUCUCGCUAGCGACGGACUAUGGGACGUAAUGACAAACAUCGAGGCUUGUGAUUUGGCACGACGGCGAAUUCUACUCUGGCACAAGAAGAACGGCGCUACUCUCUCCAAGGAAAGAGGAACAGAUAUCGAUCCUGCGGCCCAAGAUGCAGCAGACUACCUCUCGCAGCUCGCUUUCCAAAGGGGAAGCAGGGACAACAUCUCUGUGAUAGUGGUAGAUUUGAAAGCUCAAAGGAAGUUCAAAAAGAAGACGUAAAGUGUAACAACCCAAUCUCCUUUAACAUGCGGUGGGAAUUUUCAUGUCUGUUUCCAGUAUACUUUAACACAGGUUUUCACCUUCUGACCCUCGGCAGUCAAGAAAUCCUGCAAGGUAUAUUAUAGCAUCAGUAGUAUGUAUCCCAAUGUAGGGGCACCAUGUUAAGAUCAUAUUAGUAACUAAGAGACAGAAAAAUAUAGUCAGAUGUCAUUGUAGAUAAACCAUUUCUUUAGUUUAAGUUCUAAUUCUAUCUCUUCAGCAAUUGUAAGGCAGAUGCUUUUGAGACAAUGCUCAUAUUCAAGUUCAUUUCACUGAAUCCAUCGUUCGUAUAGAGUUUUGUUUGA